ACACAGUGAUGCUUCUGCCCGCGUGUCUCCGGCGCUGCGCGCGGCUUCUCUUCUGGAUCCCGGUUCUAAUCAUUAUCGUGGUCGUGAUGUGGUCAUACUACGCCUAUGUCGUUCACUUCUGUUGGAUCCUGCUGACCAGUGCAACACAGAGAGUGGUGUUCCUUUGCCUGUUCCACCUGUGUUUUGGGAUGUUCUCGUGGUCAUUUUGGAAAGCAGUGUCCACUCCACCAUCUUCUCCUUCUGUGGAGUUUCAGUUCUCUACUUCAGACUCGCUGCUCUAUGAGCUUGAACGUGACGGUGUGGAGAAGAGUCCGAUUCUUCUGGAAAUCUCCCAGAAGCUCCCAGUUCACACACGUACAGCAACUGGAGCUAUCAGGUUCUGUCAUCGCUGCCAGUUGAUCAAACCAGAUCGCUGCCAUCACUGCUCCGUCUGCCAAACGUGUGUGUUAAAGAUGGAUCAUCACUGCCUGUGGCUGAACAACUGUAUGGGAUUCUCCAACUAUAAGUUCUUCAUGCUGUUCCUCCUUUACUCGCUGCUGUACUGUCUGCUCAUAGUCUCCACCGUCACACCGACCGUCAUCCAGCUGUGGCGGGGCAGACUGUUUGACAGUUGUGUUAAGCUGCAUGUUUUGUUCCUGACACUGGUGUCGGCCAUAUUUGCCAUCACACUCUGUUUUUUGCUCAUCUUCCACGUUUGGCUCCUCACCAGCAACAAAACUACACUCGAGUGGUUGUCAGUCCCUUUUUUUGUGAGUGGACCAGGAAGUGAGGCGUUUGAUGUGGGUGUCCAGGCAAACUUCUUACAAGUGUUUGGAAAGAAAAAAAGACUCUGGUUAUUUCCAAUAUUCAGCAGUGAAGGAGAUGGACAUUCAUUCCCCCUGAGCUGCCAGAUGUCAUCUCAUGGUCCUCCAGUGAUGAACGGACUUGAGCGAUGUGCCACGCAAGGAACUGUGGCAUCACUCGAGGAGGCCUCUGUCACCAUAGCUGUGGACUGACUGGCAGAAAUUAAAUGAGGUUGACGGUUCCUCAGAGUCUCUGGACUGGGCCAGUUCUUGGAAAGAUCUCAAUCACAGGUUAAGCUGACGGUACCAUGGGGUGAGGGUGAACACCUGCCCGAAUGCUCAGUUUUCACCUGGAACACUUCCUGCAGCAGCGAUCAGGUCUCCGCAAGCUCUCUUUUACUGAUCAGGGUGUGAGAGAGCUCGAUCAGGUGUCCAGGCUGACUGCUUCAAUUCAGUAUUUUCUGCUCAAAUCUGCUUUAGUGGUUUUCUGUUGAGCAUUCUAGCUUUUUUUUGAUAAGACUCUUUAAUCUAUUUAGUAAAGACAGAAAAUAAAG